CCCCACUGUCUCCCUCUCUUUCUAAAUCUUAACAAAACGCCAACACCGUAACAACCAAAACGCAUACACACUCUCAAAAACUCUUUCUCCUUCUUCUAUAAACUGUAACUGUUUUCUUCUCUCCCAGAUCUUCGGCGCAGAAAAAGGUUCUCGAAUUUCAUCGCUUCCUCCUUUCGCGAUGAUGCUAUAGUAGAAGAAGAAGACAAAGAGAGAAAAAAAAAUGGACGAUAGAGGUAGCUCAUUCAUCACUGUUAGGAGAAUUCCCCACGGAGAAACCUGCCAUUCAAAUUCUGCUGAGGUUGUGGUAGGGUCAGCCGCAUGGCUUGGGCGAGGUCUGUCUUGUGUCUGUGUACAAAGAAGAGAUAGUGAUGCUUCUAACACUUUCGAUUUAACCCUAGCCCAGGAGGAAUGCUUGCAGAGGAUACAGAGACGUAUAGAUGUUCCAUAUGAUAGUUCUAUAAUUGAGCACCAGGAUGCCCUUAGGGCUUUGUGGAAUGCUGCAUUUCCUGAAGAAGAACUUCAUGGCUUGAUAUCUGAGCAGUGGAAGGAAAUGGGUUGGCAAGGGAAAGAUCCAUCAACAGAUUUUAGGGGUGGUGGUUUUAUAUCAUUGGAGAAUUUUCUCUUCUUUGCUAGGAAUUUCCCGAAAUCCUUCCAGGAUCUUUUACGCAAGCAAGAAGGAGAUCGAUCAGUGUGGGAAUACCCAUUUGCAGUUGCUGGUGUUAACAUCACAUACAUGCUGAUACAAAUGCUUGAUCUUGAAGCAGUCAAGCCACGCAAUCUGGUUGGAGCAACUUUUCUAAAAUUUCUUGCAGAAAAUGAGUCAGCUUUUGAUCUUCUCUAUUGCAUAACUUUCAAGCUAAUGGAUCAUCAAUGGCUUUCUAUGCAUGCCUCAUACAUGGAUUUUAAUGCAGUGAUGAAAGAAACACGACGCCAGCUAGAGAAAGAACUUCUCGUUGAAGACAUAGCCCAGCUUGAAGAUUUACCCUCAUACAAAUUACUUUCCCGAUAGUAACAGUCCCAAAAUCCUGUCAGUCUCCUAUUUUUCGCCAAUAGGCUUUUGUAUAUGAUGUGAUGCUCCUCCUAUCAUAAUUUUCACUCCUGUCAAUUCAGCAUUUUUAAUAACAUUUUAGCAAGAAUGAGCUAUAACAUGUAAAACUGAUGUGAGCUUAAAUCAAUUGUUCUCAGGACUGGGACCGAUUAAACCAGUGAAAGCAUUGGUUUAAGAGUCAA